CAGUUAUUUCAUAUGGUAUAGUAAUUUGGAGUGCAGCAUGUCCUACAACAUUAAUUAAUACAACUAGACAUCGUCCAUGAAAAAAUAUGAAGUAAAUAAAAGAUGGUCGGCGGAAACAUUUUCAAAAAUUCAGAGAACAGUAUAUACAGCUACCCAUAAAAUUUAUAAUAUAAUUCGUACUUCAGAAAUUCUAAAUAUAACAAAAUUUUAAAAAAACUUGUCCAUCUGGAUUAUAAAAUCAAGUAUAAAUGGAAGAAAGGAUCGCAGGACAUGGCUAUCCGGUUCAAACCUACAAAAUCAUUACAGAGGACGGCUACGUGUUGAGUUUAUACCACAUUUCAAACGAUACUACCCCAAAUCCCGAACAUUAUAAAGGGAAAAGUCCAGUUUUGUUGGUCCACGGUAUGGGCGGCUCGCCCCACAACUUCGUGGUGCUUGGGGCACGCAGGGCUCUUCCCUACUAUUUUUAUGACAGGGGUUAUGACGUGUGGUUGUUCUCUGCCAGGGGGUCGGAGGGAUCAUUUCCAGAGAGACACGUCAAGUAUGAUUGGGAUCAGGAUAAGGCGUAUUGGAAAUAUAGCCUUCACGAAAUCGCGAUUUACGACUUGCCCGCAUGUAUCGAUUUCAUCUUGAUUCACACGUCGAGGGAGAAAGUGGCGCUGAUCGGACAUUCGGCGGCGGGAAACGAAUUUUUCGCGAUGUUCUCCGAACGACCCGAGUAUAACGCGAAGGUGACGGUCGCGGUCUCUUGGGCCUCCGCUCCCAUUUUAAAAAGAUCGGAUUAUCCCUUGGCCUUAUUGUUUUCUACUUUGGUUGACGUAUGGAAGGGCCUAAACAACUUACUGGGUCUAGAGGAAUUUGUACCGAUCACCCAAACGUUUAAGCCAGUGAUUAGGUUGGCGUGUGCCGAUUCCGAAUUCCGAAAAAUCUGUAUAUUAGUAACGGCUGUUAUCGGAAGUCACACGUCCGUAAUACAACAUCCGGAGGACAUUCAGGUAAUUGCCAGCAAUCUACCGAGGUUAUCCUCUAGACAAAUAUAUCAUUUUAUGGAUAAUGUUAAUAACGGGUCUUUUAGGAAAUACGACUACGGACCAAAAAAAAACCUCAAAACGUACGGCCAACUAUAUCCACCGCAUUACAACAUUGCUGCAGCCAAAGUACCAACCGCAUUCUUUCUAGGACGACGUGAUAGUAUCAUCCAACUAGAGGAUAUUUAUGAAGCAGUGACCAAUAUACCCAAUACAGUGAAGAUUCACGUGAUUCCAUUCGAGAAAUUCACCCAUGUGGAUUAUAUUUUUGGCCGGAACGCUACUGAGAUGGUUUAUGAGCCGACUUACCAGUUAGUACGCGAUAUUGACAAUGGCGUUGUUUUUCUACCGAUAAGGCCACCGUUUGUUCAUAAAUAAAUAUUUAUUUGCAUUUUA